AUGUCUACCGUCGACGAAACCGAGACCCCACAAGUCGUCACUGACGCCCCAACAACGCCAAUGUCCAAGGUCGAGCAACAAUUAGCUGCUGUAUCCCUACAAAAUACAGGCAGUGAGAUGACUCCAGAGCAGUGUAAAGAGAGACUUCAGGACCAAGUCAAGACCAAGAAACUUGAGGCGUUCUACCCCGAAAUUCCGAAUGAGCUCGCCGAAAAGGCUGCUAAGAUGGUCAACGAGCUGCGGGCUAAGGGAUGUUCGAGGGAAAUGGCAAAUCAGUUUGCUAUCAUGACACUUUAUGACCUUGCCAUUCUUAUUGAUGACUCCGACUCUAUGAAGUACGAGGAGAAUGGUGAGCGCAUUAAGACUGUGCAGAAGACCCUCGACAACAUUGCGAACGUCUACGGUCUUGCAAGGGACCAAGGUAUCAUCACAGUCAGAUUCUUGAACGCACCUCAAGGAAAGAAAAAUGUCACCGUCAAGACUGUCAAAUCCGUCCUCAAAAACCACAAUUACGGGGGUGUUACCAGAAUAGGUACCGAGUUGAAGAAGAAGAUCCUUGAUAGGUUCGUCACCAAUGAUAUGGCAAAGCCUUUGCUUAUUAUGAUUAUCACUGAUGGAGCGCCCGAGGGUGAAGCCACCGGACUUCUGGAAACUGUCAUUAUCAACUGUAUCUCAAACCUGUCAAAGGCGGGUGCCAAGGGGCCACAAUCUGUCGCGUUCCAGUUCUCUCGUGUUGGAAACGAUACUGGUGCCCAGAAACUGAUUCAGGACCUUGAUGACCAUCCUUCGGUAGGACAAUACAUUGAUUGCCUGCCAAUGAACAACAGACUUGAGGACAUCAAGGACAAAGAGAAGAAGUGGAUUUUGUUGUCAAAACUUCUUCUUGGAGCCAUUUCACCAUACUGGGAUUCAACUGAAGAAAUUGAAAACACGAAACAAGAUAUCGAAGGAACGAGGGACGAUGCGAGUGAUGUGGAGGACGAGCCUGACAGCACGCCUCCCUCGGAUCUUGAGGACGAGGAGGAUGACGAGUAG